AUGGAUGGCGAGCGCUCAAAGCUUGCAGCCCUGUCGCUGCCGCUGCUGCAAGGGCUCUGCCGUGCACGCGGCAUACAACCUGGACGGGCAUCCAAGGAAGACCUUGUGGAGCGCCUUGUGGCGAAGCGGAAAGCGAAGGAUGGUGAGGGCGAGGCAGCCAAGAAACGGCAGGUGCAACAGCAGGUGCAGGUGGAGCCGGAGGUAGCGAAGGUGGUGUUGGUCCAGUCCGGAGACACCUUCGCAUUGGGUUCGGGCUUGAGCGGAAACUUGAGCGGCUUCCGGCCGCUGCGCUGCGGGUGUUGCGCUGAGCUUUUCGAUUUGGGCAAAGUGAGAUUCAGCCACGAUCCAAAGCGAUUCUGGUGCCCCAAAUGCCGUUUUCGUGCCAUGGACCCCUUCAACGAGGUGGUGGACGGGGGACUACUGCACAUGUGCCUCGUCACAUCUGCGGAGCACCGCUUCACUCUGUCUCUUCCUUUGCUGAAGGAGUGGCGCGCCGCUGGCGAGGCGGUGUGGGUCCGCAUGGUGGCCCUGGACUCUGCGGAGCUCCUCCAGGUUUGGCCAGAUGAGCUGACGCUGGAGGCGGAUGGUCGGGAGCUUUUUCGCAUCACGCCCCCAGAGAAGGGUCACCGGCGCCGCGAUGUGCCCCAAGAGCUCACAUACCAGCUCAUGGCCGGCCCCAACGCACUACAGCUCCGAGUGAAUGCUGCCGCAGCGGGGUCGGGGUUUGCCCUAGGUGUGCUGCGUUGCUCGGCCAAAGCGCCGCGGAAGCUUUGUGGUGAGGUGCCAAGGGCGCCGGCCUCCGAGUGCUUGGAGCGGCUCCUUUUUCUUCUCAAAGCGCGGCCGCCCAAGGAGGAAGACUUGCAAUACUUUGUCGCUGCCUCAGAAGGUUUCGACGGAGCGAGCAAGUUCGAGGAUUUGCGGACUGAUGUCUUAGGCCUCGACACGUCUCUCGCUGCUCUGCCCCAUCUCUUUGGAGAGGCUUGA